UAUGGCUUCAAUGUAUUCCAAGUCUUAUGGUUUAGCUCUAGUGUCCAAAUCAAAUUCUCUUUUCGCUCCUAAUUUGACCAAAGUUCACGUCAAGAAGUUUUCAACGAGCCAGUCUAACCAACCAGGAGUUAUAACUAAUGGGCCCAGUAAUAGUAUCACUACUAACUUCUAUGUUAAUAGUAAUUACCAUCUAACGGCAGUUUUUCGACCUUCAUUAGUGCAGAAGAAUUGCUUUCACGCCGGUUCGACACUUGAAGCGCCAAAACGAGCCGGAUUUUUCGGAAAACUUUACGAGUCGGUCAGACAAGAGUUUGAACAGAAUAAAGAAGUGAAAGAUUCAAUUAAAAAGUUCCGUGAAGAGACGAAUAAAUUAGACGAAUCAGAUGCUUUGAAAAACGCGAGAAAAAAGUAUCAGGUUUUCGAAGACGAAACAAGCGAAAAGGGUAAAAUUUUCAAAGAAAAACUAUCAGAUGUUUCUGGGAAACUUAAAGAAGGAAUCGACGAAUUCAAAAAAUCUGAAAUAGGUAAACAGACUUCAGAUGUGUUUGAAAAUGUGGGAAAAGGUGUCAAAACAGCAGGAGAAACUAUUUCGAAAAGCGGCAAAGUCAUCACAGAAAGUGAAGCUUUCCAGACAAUUUCGAACGCUUCUGAAAUUGUGAAGCAAAAUAUUGACGAAGAAUUAGCGAGAGCUAGAGUAUACAGCAGUCCAAAGGUAUUAAAGAGAAGGUCAGAUUUCAGAAUGUUUUCAACAAAAGCAGCCGAAGAGUUUGACCCUGAAACACAUGAUUUAAAUGAAAGUGAACUAAGAAUGGAGCUUCACAGAGAUGCGAAAUGGUAUGCUACGUGGGAAAAUUUCAAAGACACAAACCCUGUGUUCAAUAAAAUGUUCGAUCUUAAGAAUCAGUAUCAGGAAUCGGAAAAUCCGGUAGUCGCUGGAACCCGUUUUGUAUCCGACAAAGUUUCUCGUUUUUUUGGGGGUGUUUUUGCUGCUAACGCUACAAGUGAAGUUAUGAGUGAAAUUAGAAAAGUGGAUCCUAACUUUACGAUAACGAGGUUUAAUGACGUCUGUCAUAAAAUCAUUUUUCCUCAUGUUGUCGAGGCGCUCUUUAGGAGCCAGUUUGACCUUCUAGAAGACUGGUGCACUGCGCCUGCGUAUAAUAAACUUCGAGCUCAGUUAGAUCCGCUUUUGAAACAGGGUUACAAAUUCGAGUCUUACAUUAUGGACGUUGGAGAACCAGAUAUAGAAACGGCAGUUAUGGAACAGUCAAUGCCAGUGUUAGUUUCGAGAUUCAACGUACAAGCUAUUUGUACAAUUAAAGACAGUUUUGGUAAAGUUAUUACACUACCUGAAGAAACAACUUUGAUCGGAGGUGCUGAAGAAGGAGAAGUGUAUCAAUACAUGUGGUUCGUAGCUUUGACUCGAGAUAUGGAAGAUAUUGAUCCGAUUUCUUCGUGGCGAAUAGGCGAUGUUGAAAUUAGAAAAUCAAAAAUGGCCUUUUAACUUUCUUGCUGUAGUUCAGAUUUAUCGGAAGAACAUUGAUCUGGUAUGAUUUGAGUAAUGUCUGUAUUUUGUUAUCAGAGAAAUCAGCUAAUAUAUGA